AUGUAUUUAACACCUAACCUCUCCAACCUGUCGGAUUCAGACCAUCUGCAGGACCUAACCCACCGCUCCGCCAAAGUAAGCGUCAUUAUCGUGCUGGGAGUGAUGAUCACUUUGGGAAAUAUUGCAGUUCUCCUGGUCAUCACUUCCUCUGUGGCUGGCUGGUCCAGAAACUCCAGGUACUUCCUCCUGUCUCUCACCGCAGCGGACUCUGCCUUCGGUUUGCUCAUCAUGCCGCUGAACCUGUCGGUGAGUCUGCUGAAGGACUACAGUGAGGGCCCGGACACUCUCUGUCAUGUGGUUGCUUUCUGCAACGCCACGGUCUACUCCACCUGCAUGUACACGCUGGCCACCAUCAGCCUAGAGAGAUACAUCGCAGUGUUUUACCCGCUGCAGUACUCCACUCUCAUGACCAGAAAGCGGACUCUGUCCCUGAUCGCCUUCGCUUGGUGCUUCCCUCUCUUCUUGCUGUCUCCUAUCACCUUCCCAAACGGCAUCAUCGAGGUUCACUUUUCCAACGCAUCGCUGGUCUGCAACCCGUCUUACUCUACGAACGUUGCCUACACUUUGAGCUUGACCUGUUUAAUAUUUUUCCCCUGCUCUAUUGUUAUGACGUAUGCAAACUUGAGAGUUUGGUGCGCAGCCAAGAGACAGAGGCUGAAACUGCGCAAAUACGGCUGUGCGCUGCGCAGUAGGCACAAUGUUGCUGCAAGAGUGCUUGUCCCAGUCAUGGCAGUGUACUACACCUGUUGGACACCCUGCAUGGCGGUUAUGAUCUACAAUGCAGUCUCUGGGAGCAGUGUACCAGAGUGGGUCGAGUUUGUUGUGGUGUGGCUCCCAACCUCCAAUGGUUUCCUCAACUGCAUCUUCUACUUCUGGAUAAACAAAAACUUUCGAAGGAAGUUCCACCUCAUCCUGCGGAGGCUGGCUCUGUCCCUCUGUCCUGAGCUGGCUGAGACAUUGGGGUGGAGCACCACUUCAUCAGCACAGUUCGUCUCAGGCAUUUUAGACAAUAACAACCUGGUCCAUGAGCGCUCCUCAAGUGUGUCCUCAACCUGCACCUUGCUGAGCUUGGCUUAG